AUGGCUUCGGUGCGGGAAACAUCGGCAGAACAACAGCGUUCCAACAGCGUACCCUACCCGAAGCGGGCGAGUUUAAACAGUGUGAAGAGCGGACAAACACGUUCACCACGUGGAAUUAUUGACUGUGUGCGCGGGAUGCGCUGUGCUUGCAGACAAGUGCAGCUGAAGUGCAGUUGGUGUGCCGGGCAUUACGGGUGUCAGUGUCACGGCAUCGAGUGAGUUAUUCUACUUCAAGACAAAAGCAUUUCAACUGCUGCGGCUCUGGUGUAGUGUGUUGUGUUUACCUUCGAUUCGGUUUAACCGUAACCGUAAGACACCGGGUGUAGAGACCGGAGAACGUGAGUGAAUGGAUUAUGGGUUAUGAAACACCGUUCGGCGGUGUCAUACGCUGGAACAACGAUAGUUCGUGUCUUAACACAUUUAAUGAAGUGUUGGAUGAAGGUGCGCAAUACGGGUGCAAAAGGAGCUUAACGCAGGCGCUGGCCCUGAAGGAGAAACAGCAUUUUGGAACGUGCCGCUGUCUUGGGAAUGACUUUUCGCAGCAGGGCGGAAUGAAUGCAGGCAUUGAGGCCCUGCGGCCGGGCACAAUUUAAAAGUUGACAGCUUUUCAUGUGUACGCUUCAGCAUAACUCAACCGUGGAAAUAGGCCAAGAUCCUGGUCACCAUCAUCAUCGUUGCCGUCGUUCUGUAGCAACCGUUUAAGGUACAGGUGACAAAAAAUCGUAACAGUGAAAAACGCGACAGAUAGAAUACGAAACGGAACGAACAAAAAAAAUACACAAGCACAAGGUGCACAAGGUGCAACACUGAAAUUCAUCUACAGUUGACAGGAUCAUUAGUGACGUUUAGCGCACUCGGUGACGGUACGCUGCACGGUAACGACCGGUAGAAGUGGGCAAAGCAAAAACACGAUGAUCACCAUGAAAGAAAGCGUGCAUGAAAAGUCGGUCCUGUGCUCGGUGCAAACCUGCUGGCAGGAGACUUUCCCGGCGGCCGGUGGUAGAAGUGCGUGUGUGACAAGUGCCGUACUGCGGAUGUGUUCCGACAGCUCGAAAAAGUGUUAAAAGUUAAUUGAAAUCGGACUGUGUCAAGCACGGCAAAGAAAAAGGAAACCCGGCAAGGAAAAAAAGCUUCCCUUAACACGGCUGCUAAGCAAUGCAUUCAGCUCAGCUCAGCCCGGCCCAUACACAACUACCAUGCAAUCGUACGUACUUUGCACUAAGCAAGGCACAAAUGAGUGAGCUCGCGUGUUGAAACCGAGGAAACGAUUUGCAUAGCUGACACAGUGCAGUGAUACAGUUGUGGGGCUAGUGUGUGCGUGCGUGUGUGUGUGUGUUUGGAUGUAAAUUUUCCCACGGGUAUAAAAUCUUACCUGACACAUCCAUCCCUUCCGUGCAUGUACACAAAAGCAUUGCGCUGCAUACAAUUUGCACACGCUUCUUCGCAUGUAAGGAUGAAUGGUUUCCAUGAGCGCGAACGGUGGGCACGUGAUGUGUGAAUGGGACACGAAUGCAACUGCAACAAGUUGGCCUAGUGCAAAGGUGGCCCGCUUACGUAAGGUGCGUAAUUAAGCAAAAUCGUUCUACAAAUAGAAUGGAUUAUAAAAAGGGUAUUUAAAGCGUUCGUUCGUGACUGUGUGUGAGCUCGUUCGAUAGAAGCAGAAAGGUGAAUUAGCUUUAGAAAUACAGGUGGAAAAAGAGACUACAAAAAAGGCCACCAGAAAAAAAAAGAUUCCUUUUUCGAGCCUUACUUUACUACAAUCGAUGCUGUCUGUCAAUCCACGUCAACUACCCGGAACCGUGUAACCAAAGGAACGAAACGCACGUGCCAUGGCUUGGGUUUACACCGGUACCGAUCUGAGCUAUCUCUUCUGUUGCUGUAAUCAAAGGCAUCUUCUAGCUGUGAUAUUCAUCUUUACCAUCGUCAUGGGCGCACCACAUACGGAUUUCACCUCUUCGCAGCGGCAAACGGUGCAAGAUACCGAUAGCGGCAACCAUCGGAAUCAUCAACAGCACCAACAUCAUCACCACCACCAUCAGCAGCAGCAUCAUCAACACCACCUUCAACACCAUCAACACCAUCAGCAACAACAACAUCCGGUCUCAUCGGUAGCCCCUUCCGUGUCACCGUUUACGGCCGCAAUGUAUUUUGCCACCCAAAACAACACAAAAGUCACUGCACAACGAGGCGGCACGGCACUGCUACCGUGCACCGUCAUCAGCCAAUCUUCUGCCCUGGUAUCGUGGAUCCGGCGGCAGGACUUCCAGCUACUAACGGUCGGUCUCUCGACGUACAGCAGCGACGAACGGUUUCUGGUCGAGCAUUUGCGCCACUUGGGCCACUGGGCGCUGCGGAUCAAGUCCGUGCGCACCGAGGACGAGGGACUGUAUGAGUGCCAGCUGUCCGUUCAUCCCGUUCAAUCGGUGUUUGUCGAGCUUAAAGUCGUAGAGGCAGCAGCAGAAAUAGCCGGAGCACCCGAUCUACACAUUGAUGAGGGAUCCACCUUACGGCUAGAGUGCAAAUUACAGCGCGCUACCGAGAAUCCGACGUUCGUGUUCUGGUACCACGAGCAGAACAUGGUAAACUUUGAUCAGCUGAACGGAUUUUCCGUCACACCGUUCCAACCGCCGGCCACCGCCGGUCACCCAUCGCACCUGCAUCCCUACCUGUUGCCCCAUCCGCUAGAGGACGAGCACGAUCUGCCACUGUCGGCCGAGGACGAGCAGGGCUUCAAUCUGCUCGAUGACGAACGACUGCUCCAGCGCUCGCUACAACUCGGGCAGGAUUCUUCCGAACCCUUCCUGACGCCGUCCUCCUCCUCCUCGCUACUCCUAGCGUCGCUGGCUGCGGCGGCGGCAGCCUUAUCUUCCUCACCCUACCACCAGCAGCACUUGGAUCGAACGGAUUCGCUGGAACGGCAGGACGAACUGUCGGCCGGUGGUACGGCAUCGUCCGAUGCGCCCGGCCAUCGUCAUCCGCAUCUGCACCAUCAGCACCAUCAUCCGCACCACGGUCAGCAUUAUCCGGCGAUGAAUUACAGCGACCCGAUGCCGUACUCGCACAUCCUCACUCCGGCACCGAGCGUGCUAACGAUCAAGGAGGUCCACUUAAGGCACGCCGGUAAUUACACGUGCGCACCAUCGAACGCUCGCCCAGCCAGCAUCACCGUACACGUGCUGCAAGGUGAGAAGCCGGCAGCGAUGCAGCACGCCAACCGCAGCCAGCUGGACGACGGUGGCAAACCGUCCCGAAGCGGAAGCUACCCACAGCGACCGACGCUGAUGCUGGUGCUACUGCCGCACCUGGCGAUGGUGAUGGCAAUGAUGGCGACGACGUUGAUGCUGUACGGUUCGGUAGCGCACCAUCGGUGAAACGAAAUGUCGCUAAUAAGUGUUGAAUCACGUCGAUUCGGGUCGGUACGAUGAAGGAUGGUAAAAAUGUUUUAUAUAAGAAAAUUAAAUAUUUAAAAAAAAACACACACACAUAUAAAUACAGGAGAACCACGACGAGCAUGUAAGGCAAAUUGUUGCAAACACUGUAUCAUAGUUCAAAGCGGGGAAAACAAAUUGCAAGCGCAGAAAGAAGGAUAUAAUGUGAGAGAAAAACGGGGGGAAAAGAAAUGUAACAGUAUUUUACUCCAACUUGCAUUUUCCAGCGUUGUGCGUUUAAGUUUUCCUAUCCGACUGGCUAAUGGAGAGGCAAUGUUUCGCAGCAGCGAAAUAAUUCCGAUUCUGAUCAGAAAGCAACUGCUUCCUGCGGGACGCGAGUUUUUUACCGCUUCCUGGAGCCUGGUCAUAUGUACGUUUCCCCCUCCCCAAACCAACGACUAAUGUUCAACAGCAAAAAAAAAACCAUUGGAAAGCGGUAAAUACGAUUAUGGAAAACUGAACGAAACCAAAAGUAAAAUUUAAAAGAAAAACCCACACACACGUGGGCAUAGCUAGAUCAAAUGUUAUAUCGGUGAGAAAAAGGGAGCAGGAAGAGUAGAAGUGAGAAGCCAACGGGUAGUAGUAGUGCCACAUGAUCAGCGGUACGACAGGAUGAGUUGCGUAGUGAACCGCGUGUUGUAGCGAAAGCGGCGCAAAGGGAAAAAGUAUUAUUCAUAUACAGGAAGUAUUCAGAACUAAAUAAAAAAAACACACACACACAAACUGCUCUAAACUCUGAAA